CUGCCUGCUUACUGCUCUCCCCCUCCUCUCUCUCUCUACAACAACAUUUUCGGGAAGAAUAAAGUUUUUUUUCCCCCUCUCCUCUUGCACAAAUCUGCUCAGUCUUCACCCAGAGCCAAAGUUUGUCCCAGCGGGGAGAAGGACCAUGUGGGGACAGAAAUGGGCUGUUGGGACACCUUUGGCUUGUCUCCUGUUCCUGGUGACUCUAAUGGACGCUGAUCCGUUCCAGAGCCGGAUCACGGCCUCCCAGUUCCUGAGCCGGCACCGCCGAGCCAACUCUCUGUUUGAGGAGAGCAAGAAGGGCAACCUGGAGCGGGAGUGCAUCGAGGAGCUGUGCAACAAAGAGGAGGCCCGGGAGAUCUUCGAAAACCAGCCGGAGACGGAGUAUUUCUACCCCAGAUAUGUUGUGUGUUUGGGUUCCCAUCGGGUCGGCAUCAACAAUCAGAACUCCGACUCGAGCAUCCCGUCUGACCUUCGGACCUGCGUAAAAGAGAUCAGUAACCAGUGCACGCCGUUUCCGUGCAGCACGGAUGGUUCCGAGCGCUGCGUGGACGGCCAGGCCUCCUUCACGUGUGUGUGUAAGCCCGGCUGGAAGGGGCGGCGCUGUGAGGAAGACAUCGACGAGUGCACCGAUCCCUACUUCACGGCGGGAUGCAACCAAAAGUGUCUCAACUUCCCGGGAAGUUUUCGAUGCAUGUGUGAAGAUGGUUACUUCAUCAACGACAACAUCAACUGUGUGGAUAUCAACGAGUGCUUGUUGUACCCCAGUCUCUGUGAAAAACCGGCAGAAUGUGUGAACACACCUGGCAUGUACGAGUGCAGGUGUCCCCCGGGAUUCAAGUACAACUUCACCUCCAAAUCCUGCGACGAUGUGAAUGAAUGCAGUACAGACGUGUGUGAAAGGGCCUGUCACAACACCGUGGGAAGCUUCAAGUGUCAGUGCGACGGCCGUGAAGGUUUUCGUUUGGGAGCAGAUGAGCGAAGCUGCGAACAUAUCCCCGUCUGUGUGCAGCUGGAUGACUACAAACACCCAGAGAUGCUUUACCUGGGGGAGCAGUUUGCAGGACUUCCUGUCAUCUACCUGCUAUUCCGCCUGCCGGAGAAUACAAAGUUUUCAGCUGAGUUUGACUUCCGAACGUACGACCCGGAGGGGAUCAUUUUGUACGCGGAGUCUUCCCAGGACUCGUGGUUCAUGUUGGGGCUGAGGGCCGGUCGCAUUGAAGUCCAGUUCAAAAACCAGCAUACGGUCAAAGUUACAACUGGGAGAAAGGCCAUUAAUGACGGGCAGUGGCACGUGAUCUCCGUGGAUGAACUGGAAAGCAGCAUCAGCGUGAAGAUCAGUAAAGAGGCAGUGAUGAGCAUUAACAGCCCAGAGAGCCUCUUCGCUUCAGUUAACGGCAAACUGGAGACCAAAGUCUACAUCGCCGGUCUUCCCAACCGCACCAACAACAUCAUCAAGCCCAUCAACCCUCGGCUCGACGGCUGCAUCCGGGGCUGGAACUUAAUGAACCAAGGGGCGUCCGGGGUGAAGGAGGUCAUCCAGGAGAAGAAGAGCAAGCACUGCUUCGUGUACGUGGAGCCAGGGUCGUACUUCUCCGGGGCAGGACUGGCGCAGUUCCACGUAGACUACAGUGAGCAUGCAGGUGAUUCUGGGAGCUGGAACGUGGACCUGACCAUGAACAUCCGUCCGUCCAGCAGCUCCGGUGUGCUCUUCGCUCUAGUCUACAACGACACCGUGCCACUGUCGGUAGCAGUGGUAACGCAGGGGGAAGACGAUGCGAACCUGCAAGUGUUUCUGGAUGGCGUCUCUGUGGCGAGGCUGGAUUCGCUGAUGCUCUGUUACCCUGACCGGCUCGCCGUKCACCUGAACGUGACGCCGACGAAGGUUCGGAUCUCGGCGAACUCCUCCACUGUCUCCUACAUGAAGUCAGGGGCGAUGCAGGAGGUGCUGGAGCGCCUCAACGCCACCAUGCAGAACCCCAUCAGCACUUAUGUCGGCGGGAUCCCAGAUAACGUCCCAUUACAUGCCACCCCCGUGUCAGCCUUCUACCACGGCUGCAUGGACGUCACCAUCAACGGCCAGCAGCUGGACUUUGACGAAGCUCUCAGCAAACACAACAGCAUCAAGUCUCAUUCCUGUCCUCCCGUCUCCACACGUGAGACCCACCCCGAAGGACUGAACCUCCACAGGAAGUGACCCCAAUUUAAAAAAUUAAACCAGCCCUCAAGACAACGUGCAUUUCCCUCCAUACGGUGUUAUUUUAUUUGCCUUUUGAGUAUUUUUGUUCAGGUUGUUUAUUUGUUUUUGGUCUCAACAAAAGCUGGAUGGAAGCUGUAAUUUUAGAAGUUUGUUGUAAUAAGUUAAAGAUUUUCCAGGAAACUUUGGUAAAGAGCUGAGCUCUGUAAAUUUAAACAGUGUGUUAGUAACAUGUGGAUGCAUUUGUGUAGAAAAAUAAACAAAUGGUCACUAAUGGCCAGGCUGUGACAUG